AUGCCAUUUGGAGGCAAGGUUGUAGUUCUUGGAGGAGACUUUUGGCAAAUUCUGCUAGUUGUGUUGAAAGCGUCGAGCCAAAACAUUGUUCAUGCUACAAUCAAUUCCUCAACGUUGUGGAAACACUGUAAGGUUAUGAUGUUGCAAAAGAACAUGAGACUUCGGUCAUGCUCCUCUUCCUCCAACACCGAUGAAAUUGUAGAAUUCGCAGACUGGAUACUGCGAAUCGGGAAUGGCGAUGUUGGUGAGGUCAAUGAUGGGGAUGCCGCUAUUGAAAUUUCUGAUGACAAGUUGAUUCGUGAUUCUGCAGAUCCCUGUUUGGAUCUUAUCGAGUUUGUUUAUCCCGAUCUGAUGAGCGACCUGUUCAAUCCUGAUUAUUUCGAGGGCAUGGCAAUUCUUGCACCAACUAAUGAAAGUGUCGGUUUUGUGAGUGAUGGUUUUUUGUCGCUCACAACUGAACAAGAGAAUGUUUAUUUUGCUCUGAUACCGAAAGGUAGGUUAAGAACUUGCGAGGGUUCGGAGCACCCCGAUAUCUUCCAGACUUACUCAGAUAAUAUUUCAUUUUAG